AUGUCUUUGGUCCCGGACUGUCCGGUACCCUCAUAUUCAUCAGCAUCACUCUCGGAUGACAGCUCCCUCUUCAACUUCAGCCAAAACGCCCCGUUCGUUACACCGGAAUGCUUGGGCAAUGACUUCUCUCUUGAAAUGGAUCGAUUGAGUGCGGACUACCUCAAGGACACUCCUGGCGACUACAACAGCAUGGAUCUGGGCCUUGCCGUGGACCAGACGUGGCCUCUUCUACCGGCCGGGAAGGUGUCAUGUGUAGGUAAAAGCGCAUCCUCCAGAGAUGAUGACUGCAGCUGCGCCCAGUCGGCAGCGCAGAUGCUCAGCCAUCUCGAUUCCAAGAUACACACCAUCGGCGAUCUCUCUGUAGACGCCAUCCUGACUUACCAAAGCUGUGCUAUAUCGCAACUCAACUACUGGCUCGUCUGCGAGCACUGCGACUCCCCACGGACCACCACCAAGGUCAUCGUUCUCGUUGUCGAGGGCCUAUGCCUAUGCAUGGAAAGGGUCGUGGCAGAGUACGUCAGCCAAGUACAAGCGGGAAUGAGCGAGGAAACUCGGUUUCCUACGGUAUCGUGCAACAUUGGGAAAUACAGCAUAAACACCUGGCAUGAGUGGAACCACAUCCUGCGUGUGUCGCUCUUGUGCAGGUGCAGCGACUUGCAUACCGCCGUGACUAAGUUACAAGAGCGCGACGUCCUCAGUUCCAUGCUGAAAGAAACCGAGCAGAACCUCGCCGACAUGAUCAACCAGUUGAGGAGAUGCGAAAGCUACUUAUGA